AUGACUGGCGAUAAUUUACUCCAUUUUAAGGAUGUGAUUGCAUGCAACGUGAUAAACCCUGAUCACAUUGGGGUUGAAUUUGACUCCAUUGGAGGGCUGGAAACCAUCAAACAAUCACUUUAUGAAUUGGUGAUAUUACCUCUACGUAGGCCUGAGCUUUUUUCCUAUGGAAGGCUCCUUGGCCCUCAAAAAGGCGUUCUUUUAUAUGGCCCACCAGGUACUGGGAAAACCAUGCUUGCAAAAGCUAUUGCUAAAGAAUCUGGUGCUGUUUUCAUCAAUGUCAGAAUAUCAGAUCUCAUGAGCAAAUGGUUUGGAGAUGCACAAAAACUCGUUGCUGCUGUGUUUAGUUUGGCUUACAAACUCCAGCCUGCUAUAAUAUUUAUCGAUGAGGUGGAUAGUUUUCUUGGUCAACGCCGGACUACAGACCACGAGGCGUUGACCAAUAUGAAGACCGAGUUUAUGGCUUUAUGGGAUGGUUUCACUACAGAUCAUAAUGCUAGAGUGAUGGUUCUUGCUGCAACAAACCGGCCUUCUGAGCUGGAUGAAGCAAUACUGAGACGACUUCCACAGGCAUUUGAGAUUGGGAUACCUGAUCGCAAAGAAAGGGCUCAGAUAUUGAAGAGCUCUGCAAACAAGCAGCGUAUUUUCCCCAUCAGGGAUCUUCUAGAUGAUGAGAAGAAAGGAAUUAAAACAAAUGGGCCAAGGGCAUUAUCACAAGCGGAUUUGGAGAAGGUGGUGCUUACAACAAAGAAGACAAGGGUUGCAGCAAGUGAGUAUAGUGGUUUGAGCAGCUCAGAAUCAGAAGUAUGGUCAGUGCCAAGGGAAACGGAUGAUUAUCAAGCAGCAAUUAGUGGGCUUUCCAAGAUUGUUGUCUCACAGAUUAUGUCAUUAUGA